AUGGCUAAACGGACACUCGAAUCUUUCUACAAACCCAUCAGUAAACCAAAGAAACCGCGCAUUGAGGACACUCCUCCAUCAUCCUACUCCCAUCAUCCCAGCUAUCCCUUCCCCAUCGCGGAUCUUCCCCCGUCCAUCGCCAACGCGCUCCCGGAUCUCCCAGCCACCACACCUCGCAGCAUCACCAACCAGCCGCACCUGGAUCUACUCUACUACCAACCUUUUAUCCCAUCAACCACCGCCCGCGAGCUCUUCCACUUCCUCCGCCGUGAACUCCCCUUCUACCGCGUCCAGUACACCAUCCGCCGCGGGCCGACCACCACCCAGAUCACCACCCCGCGCUUCACCACCGUCUUUGGCGUCGACGAUACCUCCAUUUUCACCCCGUCACCAAAUACCUCUACCUCCCAUCUAGUCGACAGCAAAUCCCGCACCCCCAUCCCACCCACCAAAUACAAAUCCACCCCCCGCCCCAUCCCUCCCUGCCUCGACGCCCUCCGCCAACGCGUCGAGGCCGCUACCGACGGUGCAGUCUACAACUUCUGCCUGGUAAACUACUACGCAACCGGCGACGACAGUAUCUCCUACCACUCAGACGACGAGCGGUUCCUCGGCCCGAAGCCAUGCAUUGCAUCGUUGUCGCUCGGCGCAAAGCGGGAUUUCCUCAUGAAGCAUAAGGCCGCGGAAGGUGUUGAGGCGGCGCCGGUCAAGAUGGCCUUGGCAGACGGGGAUAUGGUUGUUAUGCGGGGUGAGACGCAGGCGAACUGGUUGCAUUCAAUUCCGAAGAGGAGGGGUAGCAGGGGGGAGGCGAGGCUAGGAAGGAUUAAUAUUACGUUUCGGAGGGCGGUGGUGCCUGGUGGGACGGAGAAUUAUUAUAGGAUUGCCAACAGGGAUGUUCACAAGGACCAACCAGCUUAUUGCAGCUGCAUUGUCAGCUUUAUCCAGUCACCCGAAGCAGGGAUACGUGGUCAGCAUGAAUACCCCGCUCAGGCUGACUAUAUAUGUCAGACCUAUUCUGGCGAUGAUAGGGCAGUCAGCAUGGCUUCUUCGCUUCCUAUCUAUUCGCUGCAGGAUGUCUCGCGGCACAAUACCUCAAAAGACCUGUGGAUAAUAAUCGACAAGGAAGUUUUCGAUGUUACAGAAUUCCAGGCAGAGCAUCCUGGGGGUGAGAGGAUCCUGCAAAAGGUCGCCGGGAAAGAUGCAACGGACAAAUUCCUCCAGUAUCAUGACGCAUCAAUCCUCUCCCGUUAUCGAGAGCGCUUGCAAGUGGGAGUCUUGGUGGAGACCAAGGCUCAGGAGCCAAAGAAGGGAUUCCUCAGCAGAUUCUUUCGCUCAUGA